AUGUUUUGGUUAUCUAUUCUCGCUGCCCUAGCCAUUCGCGCUGACUGCGCAUCCGAGACAUACGAUUAUGUUAUAGUUGGGGGAGGUCCAGCAGGCCUGCUUGUGGCAAACAGACUAUCCGCCGACCCCGAUGUUACUGUUGCAGUCAUUGAAGCUGGAGAUUCCGCAUACAACAAUCCAAACGUCUCCUACGUGCCAAAGUCGAUUUUAGAGUAUGGCCUUUUCAUAGGCACAUCAAUUGACUGGAAGUAUAUGACUGCGCCUCAAAAGUAUGCGGGGAACAACAGCUUGAACUACUGGGCAGGGAAGGCGUUGGGAGGUAGCACUACGAUCAAUGGAAUGACAUAUCUGCGCGCCGAGAAGGACCAGAUUGAUGCGUGGGAAGAACUGGGAAACGAGGGUUGGAACUGGGAUGGUAUGCUGGAGUAUUUCUUGAAGCAAGAGGGAUUCGAAGAGCCAAGUGAGGCAUUAAAGAAGAAAGGCGCGAUCUACAAAGAUGAUGCACAUGGAAAAGAUGGAGAGCUUGCCGUGGGCUUCACCCCUUACCUCAUUGGCCAAGGAUUCGUCGACAUACUUAAAGAGACUUCUGAAGCCCUCGGUCAUCCUUACAACACGGAUGCGAAUGACGGUAACAUGCGUGGUUUCAACACCUGGCCUAUGACGCUGAACAGUACCGGACCAAUAAGGGCAGAUGGAGCAAGGUCUUUCUACUUUCCUAUCGCAUCACGGCCUAAUCUCCAGGUCUUUUUCAACACCACGGCUGCACGCAUCAUCUGGGAUGAAGAACAGUCAGCGACGUCUGAAGUGGUUGCUUCAGGUGUUGAGGUGAUUGAUGCUAAAAACGCCACCCAUACCAUCAGCGCUUCGAAGGAAGUCGUUGUUGCAGCUGGUUCGAUUAGAUCACCAGCAUUUCUUGAACACUCUGGCGUUGGUAAUCCUGCCGUACUUGAUCCGCUCGGUAUUAAGACAGUCAAUCCACUUCACUCUGUUGGAUCGAAUCUGCCAGAUCAACCACAGAAUGGGAUUGCGUAUAACUCGUCCACAAACUGGACGGGUUACCCUACCUUCGUUACAUACCCAACAGCUUCCGACCUGUUCGGAGACGAACUACCAGCUCUCGUGGAUGAAAUCCGGGCCAAUCUGAGUGCAUAUGCAGAAGCAAUCGUCGCAGACUACCCGCCCAACACCAUAUCCGUCGAGACCCAAAAACAGCUCUUAGAGCACCAAGUAGAUUUGGUAUUUGAUCCAGCAAGCACGGUUCCGUUAGCAGAGAUCCUAUGGGCCCCAACAGACCACCAGAUCAUCGCACAGCUCUGGAAUCUGAUACCACUUUCUCGAGGCUCAAUACACAUCCAGUCGACAGAUGCAAACUCGCCGCCAAGUAUCGAUCCAAAUUUUCUGCAGUUGCCCAUCGACAUGUAUGUGCAAGCUGCUGCUGCGAUCAGUAUACGCAAACAUUUCGCAACCUUACCGCUCGCGGAGCACACUAUAGGUGAAAUCUCGCCCGGUUUCCAAGCAGUACCUGAGCAUGCAAGCUGGAGGGAUGCAGCAUGGGAUACUUGGAUCAAGAAGUCUUUGGGUGGUAAUUCGCAUCCCGUGAGUACUUGCGCAAUGCUGAGCAAGAACUUGGGUGGUGUGGUAGAUAUGGAAGGCAAAGUCUAUGGAACGCACAACGUCCGGGUCGUCGAUGCCAGUGUCUUUCCAACGCAAAUCUCGGGGCACCUAAGUGCCAGCGUCUAUGCCAUUGCCGGAAAGCUCGCCGAUGCGAUCAUCAGGGCGCAGUCAGGUAGAUAG